AUGGUGGUUGUGUGGGGUUGGUGUGUGUGUUUGGGUGGGGGGGGUUGUGUGUGUUGGUGGUUGGUUGUGUGUGGGGGUGUGUGGGGGGGGGGUGGGUGUGGGUUGGGGGGAAUUUGGGUGUGGAUGUGUUGUGAGGGGGGUGUUGUUGUGGGGGGUGGGUGGGUGGUGGGUUGUGGGGGGGUGGGGUUGGGGGUGGGGAGGAUGUGGGGGGUGGGUAGAUGGUGGAUGAGUGGGGGAAGAGGGGUGGUUGGUGGUGUUUGGGGUUGUUGUUGGGGGUGGGGGGUGGGGUUUUUUUUUGUGUGGGGGGGGGUGGGAUUGUGUGGGUGGGUGGUAUUGGUUUGUGGGUGGGGGUGGAAUUUUGUGGGUGGGUGGUGUGGGAAGGUUGGGUGGGGGGGUGGUGGGGGUGUAGGUGGUGGUUGGGGUGAUAAGGGGGAUUGGGGUGUGGUUGUUGGGUUGUGUGUGUGGGUGGUUUUGGUGUGGGGGUUUGAUUUUUGUGGGGUUAGUUUGGUUUUGGUGGUGUGUGGAAUUGUUAGUGGGUGGGGGUAUUGUUUUUUGUUUGUGGGUAUGGUGGGAGGGUUGGUUGAGUUUGAUGGGUUUGUGUGGGGUGGGUGGGGUGAGGUAGUUUUGGGGAAGUGGGUGGGGUAA